AUGGAAAUAGAGAAGCACCAUCUUGUAAAAUCAACUAAAUGGAACAAAACACUUAAAAGAAGUACAAAAAUAAGAAUAUUACUGGCUUUAGCAUGCACAAUAAUCAUGUUGAGUACAGUGUUCAUGAUUCAGGCUAUACGAAGUGUCGAUUUUGUGUCAGAAAAUACGAUCAAAUGUGAAUAUCAUGAAUCCAUCAAAAAGGAUGGUAAAAUAGAAGAUGUCUAUGAUUUUAUAGCCAAUGAACUAUCACCAUUUCACAUUGCCAAUCAAGUAGAGCUGCUUAAGCUAAACAAAAAGAGGUUGCCUAUUUCAUUUAUCUCUGAGAAUUACAAUGCAGUGGUAUUGAAAUAUGAACAUCAAGGUAAGAAAAUGGCUAUAAAAUACGUAAAACAUAGAAGAAUAGACAGCAAUCAUCCAAACGAAUUGCACUGUACCAAAAAGAUGCAAGAGAAAGAAUACAAGAACCUGGUUAGAAUUUACCAUGUAGAAACAAGAGGAAUCACGCAUACAAAAUACAAUCAUGUGGUAAUUUACGCAAUGGAGUAUUUAAAUACGAAUGUAAUUGGAUACUGCUACAAUGAUGAAAAGAGAAUUGUUGAGUAUACAAAGGACAUAUUGACUGGAUUGAACAACCUAUAUGAGGAAAAAUGGGUUCAUCUAGAUCUCAAACCAUACAAUACAGCUGCAAAAGUAACAAAAAACGAGCGGAUAUACAAAAUAAUUGAUUACGGAAAUGCAAUGAAAAUACCUGAAAAAGAAACAAGAAUUUAUACAGGGAAAGGAUAUGGAACACCAGGCUAUAUGGAUCCACAAUCUCAGUUAAAGGGUGAGUAUGGCCAUUAUUGUGACAUAUGGGCNCAAGAAUUUAUACAGGGAAAGGAUAUGGAACACCAGGCUAUAUGGAUCCACAAUCUCAGUUAA